CAUCCUUAUAAAGCUGCAGCUGCAAGAAGUUCAUACACAACAACUUUGACCGGACCGACUUCAGCUGGGUGAACAUAGGUGAACCUCCAGCUUGAGCCAGAUCAAGUUAAAACUCGAGUUAUCACGCCAUAUUUUCGUGACGACGACCAUGGAUCAGCUGGCGGACGAUGUGCUCGUGGAGGUGAUGCAGUACGUGGCCGUGCAGGAUCUCCUCGCCCUCCGCCUCGCGUGCAAGAGGUUCCGGGACCUUGCCUUGCACCGGGACGUGUGGCGGCUCCGGAGGCUCAAGUAUGACGACCCUAUGGUGUGCACGGUGCUCCGGCUGGCACCAUGCUUGCUGAAGGCACACUUCCAGGUCCCGUCGGGGAAGUGCCACAUGCUGUACACGACUAGGUGCGCCGUAGCCGACCUAACUCUGAUGGUAUAUGAGGAGGGCACCAUGCACGCUGCCUUCGCCAUCCGCAACCAGGAGGGACUCGGCCGGCUGAGACGCGUUGAAGUAAAUUUCAGGGAGUGGUCUCAGCCCGGGUUACCCGUGCUGCUGGGGACAUUAGCGUCGACAGCCGGGCUCAUAUGCCUCGACAUUACCGGGCUAUUCAGCUUCACAUCACCAUCGGUUGGUCCCUUGCCCGCUGUCCACAACCCCGUGUCCACAGCCAGCCUAAAGAGAUUUCAAUGUAUACUGCAAUUAGAGACGGAGCCCUUCUGCACCUCUAUAAUAAGUGCGCACAGUUCUACCCUGGAAGUGAUUAUCUUAAAUGUCAAAUGGCCGGUACACAGCGGUCGGGCAUCAAGCACACUAGCGCCCCUGUUGGCCGAUGUACCAAAUCUUAGGUGGCUUGAGUGUCCCCUGCUCCCAGGAAUGGAGGCUUUGGCAGCAUGCGAGACGCUCAGGUCUGUGGUCCUUCACGUGCAGGCGGAAAGGAUAAAACCCAUCCCACCCAUCCAGGAAGGGUUGGACUUUCUACGCCGCGCCACUCAGCUGCACCGAGUGCACCUGUAUGUCUGUGUUCCCCACCUGGACCAUCCUGGUGACGUCGCUGUCGACCUGGCGCUGGCGUUGGCCGCAUCUGGGAAGUCUCGCGUCCGGGAACUGACAAUCAGGGACGAAGCAAAAGGAGAGGACGACGAGUUUUCCCUGCACCCGCUGCUCAGGGCGCUGCCGUCGCUACCCGCGCUGCGAGACCUGUCCGUCGAGGGGCCGCCUGCCCAGCUGCUGCCCGGCAUCAGCCCCGCCACGGCCCCGGCACUGCGGAUGCUCGAGUUCCAACCGUACUCGCAGCCCAUGGGGUGCGUGCACGCCUGGCUCCACAGCGACCAAGUCAGGGAUGUUCUAUCGUCAAAUCCACGGCUCCACAUAGGACUUUUGAUUCCCGCCGAUGCUUGUGAGAACGAAGAUUGCCAGGCGUGCUCACAGGGAUGUCACCAAGACAUGUGGGGUUACGAACAAGUCGGUUUCUUUUCGCACGACCCAAGCAAGAAAUGUUCACAGCAUGACAGUGAUUACCAGUGGUAUCGCCUUCCUCUUUAAGUUCUGUUUGUACUGUUUUACUGCCCCUAAUGGAUAAUUUUCUAUAAAAUUUGUGAAAUAUUGUUAACAAACAUAUAAUAACAAAUAAGUAGUCGAAUUUCUUAAAGUCACUGGCGUUAUCACUGUAAAAACUUAGCCCAGGAUAGGCAGCGGUGACGACACCGUAUGAGUAACAAAAGGUGGAACAAUAUAGGACAAACUUAGUUCCACGUUCGAUAUU